CCCAGCAGCCCGCGGACAGCCACAGGCAGAGGCACGGAGCGCGACAGCGCGUCGCUACGCGUCGCGAGUCCGGCCGACCCGACCCCUACCGGCCUCGCCGCGUUUUACCCAAAGUUGGCCAUGCUUUGAAGCCGCCAGUCGAGCACCGCCAUGAAGACGUCCUGCUCCGCCUUGGCGCUGGCCGCGCUGGCCGCGCUCGCGGUGCUGGCCACCGCCCGCGAAGCCCCGUAUGAGUGAGUUUGAGGGAAAAAUUCAAAACAAAAAAUUAACUGGCUGCAAGGCAAAGGCGAGAAGCGGCGAUUCGACUCUACAGUCGGUGAGCCCGUUUACUGUGCUGCAUCUUUUUAAAAAACGAGCGAGAGCAUCUUUUUGUCUCAUUGCAUUGCUAUGUCUUGUGGGUGUAUUGGAUUUUGAUAACAUUUCGCGUAUCGCAAUAAUCGGUCGAAGUGAUUAGUCACUUUUCCUUCUUCAAGUGGCGAGCCGUUGGCGUGCACGCGCCUUACCUUGCCCCAGUCCCCGCCCAUCGCAGGCAGUAGGCAGCAGGCAGUAGGCAGCAGUAGGCAGUCGCGGGGGUGGCGGCUGCGUCCUCACUGCGGCGCCCAGACAGGCUGAUAACAUGCCGAGAUAAUGGCCUGUUUGCCUACUCCUUACCGACAACAUCGUCGUCAGCAUCCCCGAGGCCCUCUGACGCGGGCCUUCCCCGCCGCCUCGCUAACCUGGUCACCGAACCACGGAGUGGCGGAUACGCUGCGUCGGAAUAACCACCCCCAAAAUCAAGCCGAGCGGACCUGGGGGUCUUGGUGGCGCCUGAAAGGCCCAUUUGUGAUGAUGAAGAGGAGUUGUGCCACCGCGGCCACCGCCGUGCCUUGGCCGUGCCUUGGCCGUGCCGCCAGCCGCUCUAUGAUUCAUGACGACGUCCGCCAAUCCGUGCCGCGGCAAGGGACCGCCACCAACUGCCGCAAGCAGCAAGCGCGAGCAAAACCGUCACAACUACACUGUAAACCAAGUAACGCAGGUACGCCUUGGGGCUCCAGGACCGUCUCGGUCGGCGUCCGGCCCCGGCCGGCCGAGAAGGAGGCUGCCGACGUGGGCCACACGCACACCAUGCCGCGGAUCGAGCUGCUGCGACACCUGACGGACCCCGCGCGCUACAACCGCCACGUGCGCCCGCUGGACGGCGUGGCGCCGCUCAACGUCACGGCCAGGACCUUCAUCUACAUGCUGCAGAGCGUGGAGGGGCGCCUGCACAUGGAGCUCAAGAUGACCAUGAAGCAGGAGUUCGGCUUCACGGACCCCCGCCUGCGCUACGCGGACGUGUCGCCCGGGACGUGGGAGCUGACGGGCGACGACAACCUGAGCAGGCUGCUGUGGACGCCGCACGUGUUCCUGGCCAACGAGCGCCAGUCCGUGCGCAUGGGCGCCGCGCCGCACCACGACGUGCUCGUCCGCGUCAGCCCCGACGGCCACGUGCUCUUCGUCACCAGGGUGACGGUGAGCGUGGUGUGCUCCAUGAAGCACGGCCGCUUCCCCUUCGACGAGCAGGAGUGCCCGAUGUACAUGGAGAGCUGGCUGGACGACGUGGACGAGCUGCAGCUGCGCUGGGCGGGCGUCAGCUCCAACGACCGCCUCAGCCUGGACUCCUUCUCCAUGAUGGGCUGGGACACCGAGGAGCUGCAGCGCUCCAGGAUCACCGUCAACGGCAGCUACCUGGACGAGGACUACCCGGACCGCUUCGGCAGCAUGUACUCCAGCCUCAAGCUCACCUUCAUGCUGAGCCGGCAGUACGGCUUCUUCAUCAUGGACUACUACGUGCCGAGCGUGCUGCUGGUCAUCACCUCGUGGGUCACCUUCUGGCUCGACCCUGACAUCGUGCCCGCCCGCGUGUUGCUGGGCUCCAGCACCAUGCUCACGUUCAUCACGCUGGCCGUGCAGACGGACCGCACCCUGCCCGUGUCCUACUUCAAGGCGAGUGAGAUCUGGUUCGUGGGCUGCUGCACCUUCAUCUUCGGCUCCCUGGUGGAGUUCGCCUUCGUCAACACCAUCUGGCGGCAAGGACAGAGCGUGGACCUCAAGAAGGUGAGCACCAAGCACAUCCUGCGCUCCACGCUGGGAACGCCCAAGCCGCCGCGCCGCCGCCUGCUGCCCCAGGAGCGGUACGCGCGCCGCCGCACCUCGUCGCUGCCCGACUUGUUCAAGCCGCAGCAGGCGGGCGGCAGCCUGCAGGCGGAGCCCCUGGACUCCCUCGCGCAGGCGCACCCGUCCUACUUCAACACCAUCCACGCCGGCGCGCUGCGACCGUCCCCGCUGGCGUCCGUGUGCGAGUCCGCCGAGUCCGUGGCCGGCGACGACGACGACCAGGCCGACACGGUGUCCGAGGGCGGGCGGCCAGGGCGGCCCAGCGCGCGCAGAGGCUCCGUGGGCACCCCGAGGAGCAGCCCCUCCCCCGGGGUGACCUUCGACAGCGCGGCCACCCUGGCCGCGGAGGAGCACGACUCCAGGCCCAAGUUCAAGCCGCAGGUGGCCGGCACGCGGCGCCAGAGCCUGAGCGCCACCCUGGCCAACAGCGUGUCGCGGCGGCUGGCCAGCGUCAACUUCGGCGGCAUCGCCGUCACGCUCACGCCCGGCUUCACGCGCAUGUCUGCCUCCGAGGUGGCCGACUGGAUCGACCGGCGCAGCCGCGUCUUCUUCCCCUUCGCCUUCCUCGUGUUCAACAUCGUCUACUGGACCUUCGUCAUCUACAUCUGACCCAACAACGCCUUCAACGCGUUCAAAUUUCCAGUGUCUCCGCUGUUGGCGUUCAUCCCGGUUUAUUCAGAACAAAGCAUUUUUCUCGAGAGCGCCAUUAUUGUGUCUGUUUCGUGGUUUUAUGUUGGUAGUUGGUCGCUUGAGUGCGCAUUCUGUUUUUUAGUGUUCGGGCUUCGCUGUGGAAAAUUUUGGUGUGCAUUGAAUUUGAGUCUGAGUUUUAUUUUAUUUUUUAUUAAAAUGCGUUACGUAACAAAUAAAAUAAUUAUACACAAAUA